AUAUAAAUUUUUCACCUGAUGCAGAAAGGCAAGAAACUAGGGUUAGUGAUUAUAUUUAUAGAUGAAUGAUGAAAUAAAGAAGAGCCGAUUGUCUGUUUUUAGUUCUCACUUAACCCGUUUGCCUCCGGCAUCUUCCCUCAUGGCUUCGGAGAAAGAAGCUGCCCUUGCUGCUGCUCCCUCUGAUUCUCCUACCAUAUUUGACAAAAUCAUCAAGAAGGAAAUCCCAGCUACCGUGGUGUAUGAAGAUGAUAAGGUCUUAGCUUUUAGGGACAUAGCUCCCCAGGCUCCUAUGCACAUUUUAAUUAUUCCAAAAUCAAAGGAUGGCCUAACGGGUUUGUCUAAGGCUGAGGAGAGGCACUCUGAAAUCCUUGGUAAUACUGCAAAGCUUGUUGCAAAACAGGAAGGGCUGGAAGAUGGAUUCAGGAUUGUGAUCAAUGAUGGCCCUAAAGGAUGUCAAUCUGUGUAUCACAUUCAUGUCCACCUCCUUGGAGGGCGCCAAAUGAACUGGCCUUCAGGCUAAAUAAAGAAGUUAUAGUUGAUAUAGGUAUUUCAUGAUCGUGUGCAUUGUAUGUUUCAUGGCCUUGUUGAUAACUUCAAUAACGAUAGCCGACAUGUGGGCUUUCAUUAAAUGAUCAAUGGAGUACGCUCUUGUAUAGGGAAAA